UACAGGAUUGGGGAGCGCCAGUAUGCGCAUGCGCAGUCUAGGUGUCAGCGGGUUGGUUGGGCUUGUGUUUACAGCUCUCCUGGAUGCUGCUCGCUACCGAUGUUCCCGAGAAAGUACAAUGCCGUGUCAAACGCCAUUGGAAUAAAAAAUCUGUGGACUUAAAGUUGCAGCAAGGCACUGCUAAAGAACAGCAUGGCUUGGCAGGAGCAGGCAGAGAUCUGUUGCUGAGGCCAAGGAGGAAGACAGGGUGACAAGGCAGCCAUUGUGAUUUUGCUCAUCAUCUCCCUACACCUCCUCCUCCUGUCUUCCAUUCAUGAGCAGCAGGGUCGAAAUUAAAAGUGGCAGCCAUGGAUGACAAGGGCUCUGUGGGGAAGAUUAGCGUAUCUUCAGACUCAGUGUCCACCCUCAACAGUGAGGACUUUGUCCUCGUGUCCCGGCUGGGGGACGAGACACCUUCAUCCACGAAUAAUGGUAGUGAUGACGAAAAGACGGGACUGAAGGUGAUUUCAGAGGAAGGGGUCAGCUUUAAGAUUGUGGGGAAUGGGAGUGAGCAGCAGCUCCAGAGGGAGUUGGAGGACGUCCUCAUGGACCCGUCAGUGGCAGACGCUGGGCUCGGAUCGGAAGCGAUGAGCAGCGUUGGCCCGAGUGACCAUGGGGUUCUUCCUAACGUGACGUCCCCCGUACCGGCAGGCACUGACCCAUUAAGUUCACCUCCACCCAAGCUGGAGAUGGUGCUCCCUGUUCAGACGGCCCAGGAGAGCGAGCUGAAUGAGAGGUCUUACAGAGCAGAUGAAUCGUCAUCAGAGGGAAGCCCUUGCAGUCCAAUUCCAGAUGAGGACAGCGUUGUGUUCAGCCAGCUAACAUAUCUGGGGUGUGCCUCCGUCAACGCCCCCCGAAGUGAAGUGGAGGCCCUUCGGAUGAUGAGCAUUCUCCGAGGACAGUGCCAACUCCCACUGGAUGUCACACUUUCAGUGCCAGGCGUGUCUGAAGGCACUGUCAGGUUGUUGGACCCCCACAACAACACAGAAAUUGCCAAUUACCCCAUUUAUAAGAUCCUGUUCUGCGUCCGAGGCCACGAUGGCACACCAGAGAGCGACUGCUUUGCCUUCACUGAGAGCCACCACAACGCAGAGAUCUUCAGGAUUCACGUGUUCCGCUGCCAAAUCCGAGAGGCGGUGAGCCGGAUACUGUACAGCUUUGCCACAGCCUUCCGGAGGUCAGCUAAGAAGGCACUAUUGUCAUCUCAGCAGAAUGCCCCACUCACCCCUGACAGCGACUUGUUCACCUUCACUGUUAGUCUGGAAAUCAGGGAAGAUGAUGGCAAGGGUACUUUCAGUGCUGUUGCAAAAGACAAGGACAAACAGAGCUUCAAGCUUCGUGCUGGACUGGACAAGAAGAUUGUAAUUUACAUUCAGCAGACCUCCAACAAGGAGCUAGCAAUUGAGAGGUGUUUUGGACUCCUGCUCAGCCCGGGGAGAAAUGUGAAGAACAGCGACAUGCACCUGCUGGACUUGGAGUCAAUGGGAAAGAGCUCAGAUGGGAAGUCUUACAUCAUCACAGGAAGCUGGAACCCCAACACGCCUCAGUUUCAGGCUGUGAAUGAGGAAACGCCCAAAGAUAAAUUCAUGUACAUGACGACUGCAGUAGAUCUGGUGAUCACAGAGGUGGAGGAACCGGUCCGUUUUCUGCUGGAGACGAGGGUCCGAGUGUGUUCCCCAAACGACAGGCUGUUCUGGCCCUUUAGCAAGCGUAGCUACACUGAGACCUUCUAUCUUAAACUACGACAGAUGGAGCGAAAAGAACGAAAGAGUCCUUCCUCUGACACACUUUAUGAGGUGGUGAGUUUGGAAAGUGAAACGGAGAGAGAGAAGAGGAAAACCACAGCUAGUCCAAGCAUCCUCCCGUCUGGGCCCGGGACCAUGGCUCCUUCACCGCCGGAGGAUGAUGAAGAGGAAGAUAAUGACGAGCCGUUACUCAGUGGGUCUGGUGACGUUUCAAAGGAGUGUGCAGAGAAGAUCCUUGAAACCUGGGGAGACUUGUUGUCCAAAUGGCACAUGAACCUAUCUGUGCGUCCAAAGCAGCUUCCAGCUUUGGUGCGGAGCGGCAUUCCUGAGGCACUCCGUGGGGAGGUGUGGCAGCUUCUGGCAGGCUGCCACAACAACGACCACCUGGUUGAGGAAUACCGAACUCUCAUCACAAAGGAAUCUCCUCAGGACAGUGCAAUCACCAGAGACAUUAACCGGACAUUCCCCGCUCAUGACUAUUUCAAAGACACUGGAGGAGAUGGGCAAGACUCGCUCUACAAGAUCUGCAAGGCUUAUUCUGUUUAUGAUCAGGAGAUUGGCUACUGCCAGGGACAAUCCUUCCUGGCUGCAGUGCUGCUGCUGCACAUGCCAGAGGAGCAAGCUUUCAGUGUUCUGGUGAAGAUCAUGUUUGAUUAUGGGCUCAGGGACCUGUUCAAACAGAACUUUGAAGAUCUGCACUGCAAGUUCUUCCAGCUUGAAAGACUCAUGCAGGAGUACAUACCAGAUCUGUACAACCAUUUCCUGAAUGUGGGUCUGGAGGCUCAUAUGUACGCUUCCCAGUGGUUCCUAACUCUCUUCACAGCCAAGUUUCCUCUUUACAUGGUCUUCCAUAUAAUCGACCUGCUACUGUGUGAGGGUAUUAGUGUGAUCUUCAAUGUAGCCCUGGGCCUUUUGAAGACUUCAAAAGACGAUCUACUGCAGACAGACUUCGAGGGCGCUCUCAAAUUCUUUCGUGUCCCCGUCCCAAAAAGGUACCGCUCCGAAGAAAAUGCCAAGAAACUGAUGGAGCUGGCUUGUAGCAUGAAGAUAAGUCAGAAAAAGCUGAAGAAAUUUGAGAAGGAGUACCACACCAUACGGGAGCAGCAGGAGCAACAAGAAGCCCCCAUCGAGAGAUAUGAGCGGGAGAAUCGUCGUUUGCAAGAGGCCAACAUGCGUUUGGAGCAGGAGAACGACGACUUGGCCCAUGAACUAGUGAGCAGCAAGAUAGCUCUUCGGAAAGAUCUGGACAAUGCUGAAGAAAAGGCAGAUGCCCUGAAUAAAGAGUUACUGCUGACCAAACAGAAACUGAUUGAAUCUGAAGACGAGAAGAGACGGCUGGAGGAAGAGUCUGCACAGCUGAAAGAAAUGUGCCGAAGGGAGCUUGAUAAGUCGGAGUCAGAGAUAAAGAAGAACGGUUCUAUUAUUGGAGAAUAUAAACAGAUCUGCUCUCAGCUCAGCGAACGACUGGAGAAACAACAGACGGCCACUCGAGGAGAACUGGAGAAAAUCAGAUCCAAGGUUGAAGGCUGUGAGAAGUGCAGCAGUCUUUUCAACAAAGAGGGUCGUGUGCGAGCUGCGGUAACCACGGCGCCCGCCGACGGGACGGAGGAGACCGACGAGGAGAAGGAGGGUCUGAAGAACCAGCUGAGGGAGAUGGAGCUGGAGCUGGCCCAGACCAAGCUGCAGCUGGUGGAGGCCGAGUGUAAAAUCCAGGACCUGGAGCACCAUUUGGGUCUGGCUCUCAAUGAGGUUCAGGCGGCCAAAAAGACCUGGUUCAACCGAACACUCAGCUCCAUCAAGACAGUCACCGGCACCCAGGGCAAAGAGACCACUUAACCCAACGACCCGCCAUCUGUCGCGUUUUAACAAGACCACGUCUGGAGCUCGGUGUGACUCGUCCCGCUACCUUCAGAUCCCUCCUGCCCCCAAAACGUAACGCACACGGCCAUAACGUUAACAUUAACCGUUAAAAAGCAGAGGAUCUCCUCUGUGACUGACUCUGUUAAUUGUUUCCUCAUAUCAAAGAUGUUCUUUUUAUGUCCUUAAGUAACUCUCCCAAUCGAAACCUUUUAACAUCCAUGCGAGCAGUGCAGCGAUAACCGCCUCCCGCCCCCGACAGAGACCACGCGCUCCCACCAGUCACAGGAGGAGAGAUGCUUCAUUGAGGAUUGUCUGUGUACUGCUGAAACAAAAAACUCCACAGUGGAGGAAGCAAUGACAUCAGGACUGUAUCUUUGCUCUCCCUUUCAUCUAAACUACUGGCACAAAACAAGUCCCUGUAUAUUUUCUUUUUUUUUUUUUGUUUUGUUUUGUUUUGGUUUGUUUUAGGUACGAGUGCUUAUAGACGCCUUUCCAGGACUGAGCUUUUUCUAAUUUUUGUUGAACAGUUCUUUCUGUUGGCGUAUGUGCUAAUGUAGUGUCUGACUGUAAUGUGUAUUUGUUUAUGACUGUGAGACUGAGGAGAAAAAAAAGGUUUGAAAGCAUGAAUAAUUAGCGUGUGUGUGUGUGUGAACUGUUUGAGUGUUUGUGGAAGGACAGCGGAAAGAAAAGCACUAAAGUUAUGAGUGUGUGCAUGCAUGUCAGGUUGUCUCGUGUCCUUUAAUGUUCAAAUGUGUACAGAGAAACUGGUGAAGAGACGUUUGCUGACAAGGCCUUGAUCUGAAGGUUGAUAACAGAGCUGGUUAUAAAUAUGUAAUUUAUGGAAACUAAAAGAAGUUGUUGUGAGAAGCGACUGCAGCUUGAAUCUCCUCAAAUUAAAAUACACAUGCAAGUUUUGUUCGGUUUGGAUCUUCCGCUAUGAAGAAACCUUGAAAAAGAAAAGCUCAAAAUCAAUAAAAUAAUAAAAUAAUACAUUUUAUUACUCAAAUGUUUUGCUGCGUUUGAGUAAUUAAAAUUCCAAUAGUCAGAACAGACAAAUAUAUAAUUGCUACGGCCUUUAAACUCACCAUCAAUCCCAUUUCAUUCUGUCCAACAUAGUGAUCAGAUGUUUUUGUGUUGGCUGCGAUGGUCCUGUUCAAUGCUUCACAUAGAAGUUAACAAAAUGUUACAUUUGCUGAUUGUAGACAUUAAUUUUGAACAGAUUUUGGGUUUUUAAUGUUGCAUUAGAAACAAGUUUUGCUUUUUUUUUUGGUGGACUAACAACAAAACAAGAAGUGGGUGCACAAUUUUGAAAUAAAUGUGGAGUUUAUCUAAUCCACACAGGAUCAGAAUUAUACAUGCAUGCUUAAUACGUACAUAAAUAUACACCCCCAAUAAUAGCUUUGAUGCCCCAACAGGUUUUCAUAUCAACCAAUACAAUUUUUGGCAUAAUUCUGAGCAUUUUGCAACUCUUCUUUGCAAAGUUGAUAUAGUUCAUUAAAUUGGUGGGUUUUUCCGUCACCUGGCGCUCCAUUCUAAAAUUUGUUUUUGUGUGUUUGGUAUAAUUGUUGGAACACCCACAAUUUUGGGAAGUAGUCCAACUUUUUCCAGUUCACAAGUUGUAGAAGAGCUUUAGCAUCAAUGCUGCAUUACCAUAUUUGACAUUUAAUGGAGAGUCCUUAGGUUUAAAAGAACAAUCGUCCUGUAACUUUGGUUAAAUAGCUCGAUCUUUGUCUCGCUUCAAAGAACCUUUUUUCUUAAGCCCUUCUGAGCCAAGAAGAUCGGUCAAACAAUCAAAGGUGGUUGUCUCUCUAUAACAUAAGGGAUAUUUAGAAAAUUAAAUUCAAACUUCUGCACCCAAUUCUUGAUGUUAUACAUUUUGUUUGUAGUAUAAUCAUUCUACUCUGGAAAACAAAACAAAAAAACAUGUUCAAAUAGAUUCUUAAGGGCCUAAAAGUCUUGCCAAUCCAUGUUUAUAAACUUCUGACUAGCUCAAUAGAUGCAUGUAAUUCAUAGAGUUAAGACAUAAACCUACCAGUCGACCCAAUUGUCUACGGAAAUUAACAAAUAUGUUGCAGGUGUCUCAAUUAUUUAAGAUGUAGAUGAUUCAGACCUGUAAGAUCUGCGGGGUAUGGAUAGAGAAAGCAUUUAAGUCACCAAAACUAGCAAAGCAGGUGCAAUACUGAUCGAAUAAAACUCAAUCAAGUAAUUUGGCAUCUUUAACAUGUAAGAAAUUGUUUUCUGUUUCAAGCGUCAUAUCACGAUGAGCCCACAAACAGCUGCAACCUAUACUUCCUAUAUUUCAACAGGAAGAAUAUUAAAAGAAUCAUUUUUAUUAGCUUCAGUGGAGCAAAAUUCUUCAAAAACAUUCUCAAAUAAAUGUGGGUCUCACAGUGAAUGUUACAAGUUGCUAAAAAUAUUUAAGCUCUGAAGAUAUUAUUCUGACCACAGACUGCUGUGAAUGUGAGACACCUGUCAGCGAGCAGAGGUGUAGCCGCAGUGUGAGGGGAAUCACACCACCAGGUGCAGAGCCGUGUCAGGAGAGGCCAGAGUUCAGGUCAAAAAGCUCUAUAUUUGUCCACAGGGCAUAAGGGGUCAGAAGAAGCCUCUGUGUGUGACUUAAUACUUCGCUGACGGAGGAGCAGAGGCUCAGAGAUAAUCCGGUUUCAAAUCUUGCUGAGGCUGAACCUUUUUCUUAAUGGAACGAACCGUUUCUGUAACCUGCGUCUUAACUUGAAAAGUGAAGUCCAAUCAGCUGGAAUCCGGUUGUGAUAUUAGAAGAAGAAGAAGAAGAAAAGACGUAGAGGAGCAUCCUCCUUAAGGCACUGGGCUGUAAAUAAACAUUAAAAGCAUCACUAUUGAAUUUUUUUGUUUAUGGUUUUUCUACUCUAACUAUAACUAAUGUUGCCUACCUGUACUCACCUACCUGCUGCUGUGAUACAGUUGAAUCUACAAAGUUUUUGUAUUUCUGUAUGUUUUUUGUUCUUUUUUGUAAUUUUCCUUUUUGCUCCAAGCUUCUCAGUCACACUGCUGUUUGGAUAACUAAAUGCCAAAACAUAGCUCCGUCAACCAACAUUAUCAACGUGUGAAAAUUGUAAUAGAGUAGACUGCAUUGUGUAUACUCCAUGAAUUUAAAUAUAAAGUUAUGAACACAAGGAAA